GUGCACUAGGUCCAUAAUUCUGGCCAAGGGCCUUGGUUCUAACCAAAUUUCAUGAAAUGAAAUUAGUAGUUAAUUUACAAUUUUAAUUUAGUGGAAUAGUAGAAUUAUGUUAACUGUUGUUCAGAGUUUUUUCAUUGUUUGUAUAUUUAGUUCAAGUUUUACUCUAGUGUUAAGCUCAAAUGGAGAUCGCACCUCUUUUUUCAACAAUUGCCUACGGAACUGUGAAAGGCAAAAUUGUUCUGCAGAUGGCUUGGAAAUACAGGAGCAAGCUGUUAAAUAUUAUCAACAGACAGUUUUUGAUAAACUAAUGCAGUGGACUUGUAGUGAUGAGUGCCAGUAUGGAUGUAUGUGGCGAACCGUUGAAGCAUUCCAGGACAGAAAUUGGCAAAUCCCUCAAUUUUACGGCAAAUGGCCUUUUGUACGUUUUCUUGGCCUACAAGAGCCUGCCUCGGUUUUGUUUUCACUGUUCAACUUAUUAGCUCAUGUAAGAAAUUUAAGAAAAUUCCGAAGAGAAGUACGACCAGACAGCCCUUGCUAUAAAAUAUGGCAUUUGUUUUCAGCGGUAGCCAUUAAUGCUUGGAUAUGGUCAAUUGUUUUCCAUGCUCGAGAUAAUCCUUUAACUGAGUUACUUGAUUAUUCAUUUGCAUAUUCUAUGGUCCUAAUGACGCUAUACUGUAUGGUUAUGAGAAUGUUGCAUAAAUAUUCAUGGCUUCUUAAAGCUUUUAUAUCUUUGGCAUUUUUAUCUUAUUUUAUUAAUUACUUUGUCUAUAUAACGGUGGGACGUUUUAGUUAUUCCUUAAACAUGACAACAAAUCUUGUAACGGGCGCUUUAAGUGCCCUCGGUUGGUUCCUAUGGUCGUUUCGGGUGCGCAAACAAAGGCCGUACUAUCGGAAAAUCUUGGGCUUCUAUUUGCUUUUAGGCAUGAGCAUGAGCUUAGAGCUUUUAGAUUUUCCGCCAAUAUUUUGGAUUUUGGACGCACAUGCUUUGUGGCAUUUAUCAACUACAUUCAUUAUGAAUCCUUUAUACAGUUUUGCCAUCGAUGAUUGUAGACUUUUGCGUACGGAAAAGUAUUAUGAAUCAGUUGGUUAUGACAAAGAGAUCUGAUAAAUUAGUGCUAAGAAGAAAAGAGCUUUUUUUUCCUAUAUAAUUACUAGUCAAAAUAAACAUUUUAUCGCAAAAUUUUUUCUUCAAUCACAUAUGUAUGUAUUUGCAUAUGUGUUUAUAUGUGUACCUUAUGACCAAUGUGUUUAUUUUUCAUUAGUUUGCUAUUAAGAAUUUUAAAAUAAAAAGCGUUUUACAAUUUCAACACUUAAGAAAUUAAA